AUGUCAAGGGAACUGGCUGUGGUUGUGCUUGGGGCCACCGGCUACACCGGCCAGCUGGUCUGCGAGUAUCUCGCGGGUCUGGGUCGCAGUGUCGUCGGUCCUUGGGCGAUUGCAGGCCGCAGCGAAGCGAAACUCAGCAAACUGAGGAGCGAACUGGAUGUGAACGUCUCCAUUCUCGCCGCAGACUUCAGCGACCCCAGCUCUCUGGACAAUGUCUGCUCCCGCACCAGCGUGCUCAUUUCUUGUGCCGGCCCCUUUACGCAGGUGGGGAUGCCUGUUGUGGAGGCGUGCGUUCGCUGCGGCACGCACUACGUGGAUUCAACUGGCGAGUACAACUUUGUCCGUGAGGUGAUUGGGCGAUUCCACGAGGAGGCAACGAAGAAGGGUGUUGCGGUGGUGUCUUGUUGCGCCUUUGACAGCGUUCCUUCAGAUCUUGGCAACUACGCUGUGCAUCAGGGUCUCGGUGCGCACGUAAAGGAAGUGAAGGCGUUUUACCGCUUGUCAAGCAGCGGUGUUUCGGGCGGGACGGCGCGGUCCGUCUUGGCGGUGCGGGACGCGUGCGGCCCGGAGGACAUGGACCCGUACUGCCUGGUGCCGAGGAAUGCCCCGCACCCUUCCGCGGCGCCGACGCAGAGGGGAGUGUGGUACGACGCGUCUGAGAAGAAGCUGACGGGACCGUUCGUGAUGGCUGCCACCAAUGAGCGUGUUGUUCGCCGCACCAAUGCACUGCUUGGGUACGACAGCACGUACGCGGAGGCGAUGGAGGGGACGCUGUGGAGCGUUGUCGGGGCUGCCUUCAUAAAGUACGUGUCGCUGGCCGUCACUUCUGUGGCGUUCCUCCGCCGCUACGCCGCUGAGCACUGGCUGCCGCCUGCCGGAAGCGGUCCCACCAAGGAGCAAAAGGAGCUGUCGUGGUACAAGUGCGACUUCAUUGGCAUCGACGCAGCAGGCAAGAGGCUGCGGAGGGUCUGCGUCUCGGACAAGAGGGACAUGUACACGGCGAGCGGUGUGUACAUUGGUGAGUGUGCCCUCAGUGCGCUGGAGAUGGCAAAGAACGGCACCCUGACAGCCGGUGUGCUGACGCCCAUGACGGCAUUCGGUGGCGUUCUCCUCCGCCGCCUUCAAGAGGCCGAUGUGGUUGUCGAGGUGGUCGACGAGGCAAGCGAGGACACAACGCCCGCCGAAGGCUAG